AGUAUUAUAUAUUCUAAAGUUAUAUUAAGUAGUUACAAGGAAGUGUUUUUGGCCCAUGUUUACAUCAUCUGCCGUAUAGAUCGCAAGGUCUAAAAUGGAAACUUUACUUUUACUCACUUUACUAUAAGGAAUUUUUUUAGUUAUUUGAACUAUUAUUAGUUAAGAUAUAUUAGUAGUUUACCAGCAGUUUGGUGCUACCAGUCCUCGACCGUCGACUGUCAUUUGCCAAUACUUCAUCGUUUUGAGAUGUUUUACAACGUGUCCAGUUUGUUCUUGAAACUACUCUUGCUGAUAACAUACAUUGCAAUACAUUGGUCAAUCCUCUGGUCAAACAUACAAGCUGCUGAGUUGAACUGCUGCUCGGUGUACGGUGUACAUGAUGUACUAGUAGCCAACUGUUCUGAUCUGAACUGGACAUUUGUGGACCUUCGAUGUGUGCCAGUGACCACAGAAGUGUUGUUGCUUGACAGAAAUAAUCUGACUACCUUGACCAAUGGCUCUUUUCAAACACUGACAUCUCUCCAGCAACUUAGUAUCAAGUCAUCAAACAUUCAAAGUAUUGAGAUCGAUACCUUUUUAGGUCUUGGCCAACUUCAAAAUUUAAACAUAGAAAAUAAUCAACUCACAGAUGACGUUGCAUCUCUAAAUCCGCAAGCAUUUAGACAUCUUACACAUCUGAAACAUCUUUUCGUUGGAAAUAAUCAGAACCUCUCUCAAAACCUAAAAGACGCUCUCGUUUAUUUACGAAACCUGUCUACCCUGUCAAUGGAUGGUUCAGAAACAUUACAACUAGGAACGGAAUUCUCAUAUUUGACCCAACUGAACAACCUUACUUUGUAUUGCUCAAAAGUAACACAUGUUACAAACGACAGUUUUAUAGGCUUGUGGCACUCUAACUUGACAAUACUAAAUUUAAUUAAUUUUUAUCUAUUGCAGUUUGAUCCAGAUUAUAUGGAUCAGGAUACUUUGAAGAAACAGUUCAGCGAUGACGCGUUCCAGAAUUUAAAUUCAUUGGAAGUUCUAAGAAUUAUUAACUGCAGAAUAGGAAAUGAAAACAUGGCCAGAAAAUUUAAACAUUUGAUAAAUUCUUCUUUGCAUACUCUGUACCUUGAAAAAACUCAUUAUGCAAAGGAAUUUUAUACUCCAAAUGCCACUUUUGAGUAUUGUAUUCUAUCAACUAACACAACCCAAUAUUUGAGUCAGCUAACACUUUCGUAUUUCUCAUGGACAAAUAGUGAUAUUUUUGCCGUAGCCCCUAGAGUUGUAUCCAGUCCUCAAUGGAGAUAUAACAUCAAGUCAAUUGAUUUCUCCAAUAACGUGAUGGGGUGGCUGGGAUGGAAGUUUACGUUGCUACAAGCAGCACUUCUGGAGAAACUUGAGGUGGUUAUUAUUACAUCUCCCAGCCCGGAAAACGAAGAUUCAAGUCCUGACCUAGGACUUGAUAGUGUCAAGGACGCUGUGCAAUCACCUUUACUUUCUAAUUUCUUUAAGUCAAAUACAACCCCAGCCAUACGAAAUGGGCAGAGACUAGACAGAAAGGAAAUAUCUACAAAUAAUGCAUUCUUUCAUGAUGCUGCCAGCUAUCAUGCAUUGCCUGAGAGAAACGAUUCUUUGCAUACUGAGCCCUUACGGAGAGAAGGGACUUUCUUGUUUGAAACUAAUGCUUCACACACAGCAUAUGUUAAACUUGAUUCCAUAAGUGAACGAAUGUUUAUUACAUUUUCUAAUAAUUCUACGAAUACCUGUGCUUGGAGGGUUAGAUUACCACUUUCGUUGCGGAUAGUUAAAUUUAUGUUCAUGCUCCAAGGAGAUAAGGACUACGGCAACCAAAGUGUACAAUUCUUUCAGACUGAGGGAGAGGCUGCCAACUUAACACAUUUGUACUUUGUAGGCAAUGGAAUUACACGAGGCACAGGUAGAAUUAUGGGACUUGCCAACCUUCAGCUCUUGGACUUAUCAAAAAAUGCACUUAUUCUGUCCCCAUAUUUUUUUGAUGAUUUUCCCACAUUGAAGUAUCUUAUAUUGAAAUCUAUAAAGAACGACGAUUUCUUUAGACGUGUGAGUAUUGAUAGAAUCAUUCAGAACCUAAUUGAACUGAGAUAUUUAGACUUAACGGAUAAUAAACUGAAUUAUCUAUCUCCGAAUUUAUUUUUUAGGAAUCCCCACAUCAGUCACGUGAUACUUUCUAAAAAUAGAUUUACCUCUUUACCUCUCAAGAUGGAAUUGUGUACAUCUUUAAAAUUUCUUGAUUUAUCUGGCAACGCCAUCAUUUACUUAACAGUACAGGAGACGUCAUCUUUGACAAAACAUUCGGAAAAUGUUCAAGAAUUUUUUUUUUUACUGUCUGAAAAUAAUAUUGCAUGUGUGUGUUCUCAUUUUCAAUUUAUCAAAUGGAUUAAAAGCAGUGACUUUUUAGAUAAAAAGGGAAACUACUCAUGUACAUCAGAGGAAGGACUACUAAUAUCAACUGGUGUAUUGCUCCAAGACGUUUUUGGAUUUUACAGACAAUGCUAUGGCUACAAUUACUUGAUGAUCUCCAUCGUUUUACUGCUCGUGAUGUCCUUCAUCUUUCUGAUGGCCUACCUCGUGCACAGAUUUAGAACCGCUAUAGAAGCUUACUUAGUAAGGAUCUUCGUCAAGGCUUUUCGACCAAUGAAAUCCAGCGACUACAAGACACACGUUUUCAUUGGCUACGCUGAUGAGGAUGUCGGAUUUGUAAGACAUAUUUUACUAAGGUAUUUGGAAGAAGAUCUCAAAGUUUCUACAUUUGUUCAUCACCGCGACUUGGGUCCAGGCUACACUGACCAACAGAUGUUUGAAGCAAUGAGAGACAGUUGGAGGAUACUCUUAGUUAUUACGCAGAGUUUCUUAAACAACUACGACCUCUCGGACAUUAUAAUGAAGUACGCAAGUCAUUCUGUAACUCCUGUCAAUCAAGGACGAGUUGUCCUAUUGGUCCAACAAACUCAGAUGUACAACAUCCCAGGCUCCUUGUAUGAUGUCCUGGAAGACUCACGUAUCAUUGUCAUCUCUGAUCUGUCUGCUCCCCUGGACUACGUACAGAGACAGGAAAUUAAACAAUGUCUUAGAGAUAUACACUGACUAGAUCAUUGAUUAGGAUAAUGAAACAAGUCCAACGUAAUGAGAAUAUUCAAUGGAAUGUCAGAUAUAUGAGCUACUUAGAAAGACA